UACCACCCCACCAAAUUCUUCAAACUCUGAAACCAUAGAACUCUGCAGCUCUCAGUUUCUCACAUUUACUUAGCAAAUGGGUUGGUUCGGGGACACCGUGGACUCCAUCAAGUCAAUUCAGAUCAGGCAAGCUCUCACCCAAGCCAUCAGUCUCGGCUUGAUUGUCACUUCGGCGCUGAUGAUAUGGAAAGGGCUGAUUUUGAUGACUGGGAGUGAAUCACCUGUGGUGGUUGUGCUCUCUGAAAGCAUGGAACCUGGGUUUGCUAGGGGUGACAUACUGUUCUUGCAUAUGAGCAAGGAUCCUAUUCGUGCAGGAGAAGUAGUGGUGUUUAACGUGGAUGGACGCCCUAUUCCCAUUGUUCAUCGAGUAAUUAAGGUUCACGAGCGGAGAGACACUGGAGAAGAUUAUGUCCUCACAAAAGGAGACAAUAACCCUGGUGAUGAUAGAGUCCUUUAUGCUCCGGGCCAGCGUUGGUUGCAAAAACACCAUAUCAUGGGGAGAGCUGUUGGGUUUUUGCCUUAUGGUGGUUGGGUGACAAUAAUCAUGACAGAAAAGCCUAUAAUCAAGUACAUUAUCAUAGGAGCGCUGGGAUUGCUGGUCAUUACCUCGAAGGAUUAGAGAUAAAAUUCCAGAUGCAUGACAUGCUGCCAACAUCCUUUUCCUUAAGCAAGGAGUGAGAGAGAAUCAGUAGUGUUCCGGCUGUAAGAUUAUAGAUUACAUCGCCUCCGGUGGUUCGGUUGGCAUAUACACAUAGUAUUUCAGAUUACAUACACUUAAUAUUAACCAAGGAUAAUGACAGUUCGAUUUGGGAUGCAUUAAAGAACCAGCUUGCGAAACAUGAUUAAAACCUGACAAGAUUACCCAACUUCUCGUCAUGGCUAGGCUAGGAUUUGAGUGUUAUAUAUUUGUAUAUACAUGUGCAUUGUUGUGCUAGGCUCGAAAGUUGAACUUUACAUAUCUUGGGGCAUAAUCUAACUUUAUUCAUCAUGAUCUAUUGAAUAACAACAACACAAUUGAGCUA